GUUAUUGAUGUUUUUGCAUCCCUGUCGCGACCUGACGUGAAAAAGUGUAUCACAUAACAUUUAUUAAAUUGGAACGUAAAUUAUCGCCUCCGUCGAAACAGGAGAUUUGGCCUGAAAAUUGCAAGUGCAGGAGUCACGGGACCGCGCACCCCAACGCCAUACGACUCGAAAGCCAGGCGCGGCGACACCUGGAUGGGAUUGACUGAGUCCACUUGAUUGUCUAGAGAGAGCACGCGACCACGAGUUCUGGGGCGAUGCACUCGUCGCUCAACUGGACCUCGCGCAUGAUCUCGCGCGCCCUGCGCAGCAGCUUCUCCACGCUCCUGGAGACGGCGACGGGCGGUGGAGGCGCUGCGGCCACCAAGGGGGCCGUUAAGUCCGCAUCGGGCUCCGCUGGCGAAGCAGCAGCGGGCAGCCAGCGACCCCGAUUCGUGUCGGUGGUCUGCGGAUUCGCCAAGGACAACCUGCGGCACAAGUACAAGCCGGGCAAGUACGGCGAGGACUCGUGGUUCAAGGCCUCCACGGAGCAGGCGGACGUAAUGGGCGUGGCCGACGGCGUGGGCGGCUGGCGGAGCUAUGGCAUUGACCCCGGAGAGUUCUCCUCGUUCCUAAUGCGCACCUGCGAACGGCUAGUGCAGUGCAGCCACUUCAACCCCCAGCGGCCCGUCAACCUGCUGGCCUACAGCUACUGUGAGCUGAUGGAGCAGAAGAAACCGAUCCUGGGCAGCAGCACUGCCUGCGUUCUGAUCCUGAACCGAGAGACGAGCACGGUGCACACGGCCAACAUAGGCGACAGCGGCUUCAUUGUUGUGCGACAGGGCCAGGUGGUGCACAAGUCGGAGGAGCAGCAACACUAUUUCAACACACCCUUCCAGCUAUCGCUGCCGCCGCCGGGACACGGGCCGAAUGUGCUCAGCGACAGUCCCGAGUCCGCAGAUACCAUGAGCUUUCCGGUGCGGAAUGGCGACGUCAUUCUUAUCGCCACAGACGGCGUGUUCGACAACGUGCCCGAGGAUCUGAUGCUGCAGGUGCUUAGCGAGGUGGAGGGCGAGCAGGAUCCCGUCAAGCUGCAGAUGACGGCCAACAGCCUGGCGCUGAUGGCGCGCACCCUCUCCCUGAACAGCGAAUUCCUCUCGCCGUUCGCCCUCAGCGCCCGGCGGAACAACAUACAGGCGCGGGGCGGCAAGCCGGACGACAUCACAGUCGUCCUGGCCACCGUGGCGAUGUGAGAGUGUUGGUGUCCCCUGCCAUCCAUCCUCACCCUAGUGAUUAACGUUUACUUGUAGUCCGUACGUGUUUAGUUAGCUUUAGGAGCCUGUUCCGUGGUUCUGUCUACCGUUUAAGCUGCAUGUUGAGAUUGACGACUUUGAAUUGUUAGUUACAUAUAUACCGACGACGAACGACGAGCCAUUCGACGCAUCCUGGCGAGCAUUGUGUACACAUAACCCCCUCGCUAUAAGUAGAAAAAUGCGAAUUAUCAGCGCCGGCGAUCUCUGUCGUCAGUGUGGCGUUCUAAUCGAAGCCCAAAAACAAAACAAAACAUAAUAAAUAAUAACCUAUUGCGAAACGAAACCCCGAUGGCGAAGCCGAUGCCCGAUGCGAAAUACGAGCCGGAUCCGUAGGUGGGACCCAGGUGCAGCUAUCUGACUGAGAACUGAUGCGAGGAGGAUUAGCUAGCCACUUAGCCAGGCGAAACACUGUCUUAAAACGAUUUUUGUCGAAAUGUACUCACUGAUAUUUGCGACCCAAUAAAAUUAUUCAUUGAACAAACA